GUUGCGUCACGAGUUUCGAUACGCUGCCCUACGGUUAUCGCACUGGAUGAUGACGAAGAUCCCAGACUCCGAGCAGUUGCACACCACAGCUUCCGUCUUCUCACCCUGCGGUAGUACAGACACCCGGACGGCAAGCCACGCGCGCGUUUGAGCGACAGAUAGAUAGACAGACAAACAAAUAGACGGACAGACAGAGGACACCGAAGGGAUUCUUACCCCAACCGCCUGUUAUUCCAACCGGCGAGACGCCAGGCCAACCCAUCAGAUACUCUCUUGUAUGUGUCCCGCCAAACUGUAUAAAGAUCCCGCAUUAUCCAUGGAUUCUUCUUCUUCUUCUUCUUCUUCUUGUUCGAUGACGGACACACGUUGGAAACAUCCGUUUUCGGCCAUUGUAGCCGGGCCAUCAGGGUGCGGUAAAUCAAAUUUCGUCAAGAACUUUCUGCGUCAUGGAACGUCAAUGUGCGACACAAGAUUUAGUCGUGUGAUAUGGUACUUUGACGAAUGGCAGCCGUUGUACGACGGGGACAAGAGUAUAGAGUACCGCGAGGGGUUACCGCAACACGCCGAUUACGAGGGUGACAAAAAACCGAAACUUUUGGUAAUCGACGAUCUGAUGCGAGAGGCUUCAAACAAUGUCGUCGUUGAUCUUUUUACCAAGGUCUGUCAUCAUAAGAACCUCAGCGUUUUCUACAUAACACAAAAUCUCUUUCACAAGGGCAACGGUCAACGAGAUAUUUCCCUCAACGCAAACUACAUAGUCUUCUUCAAAAAUCCACGGGAUCGUGCCCAAAUUCAACAUCUUGCCAGACAGGUGUAUCCCGAAGAUCCGAGGUUUCUUCAAGAGGCCUAUCACGACGCUACCGCAGCGCCACACGGAUAUCUGCUUUUCGACCUGAAGCAAUCCACUCCGGAGAAUUGCCGUUUCCGAUCAAACAUCUUCCCUUCGGACGAUAAUCACUAUGUCUACGUUCCGCGAAAGGAUAUAAAGGUCACCAAUGCGCACCGGGUUCCAGUCGUUCAGCUGUGAUGCCUCGAAUACGCCGUACCGCGUCCGGUCGCAGAGCUCGUGCCGAUUUCACCAAAGCAAACGCAGUAGCGCUGCACGCUCUGCAGAAAUUGAACCCGUCGCAGAGAUCGGCAUUGCUACGCACGGCCGACAAUUCGCUGGUAAAGACCAUUUGUGAGUGUGCAUUGAACACCUUGGAGGGUAACGUAGCACUGUCCAGAAUUCAGAAAAAUCGUCUGGCACGUCAUAAACAGACAUUACGGCGGUUGGCCAGCAACCGGGGUACCUGGAAGUCCAAAAAACGUUUUCUUGUUCAACGUGGGAACGGAUUUCUCACCCUCUUGCUCGCUCCGUUACUCGGGACUUUAGCCUCCAGCCUCUUCUCCAAGUAGCAAAAUGGAACGUACAAAGAAGAUGGUUUUAAUUCCUAUGGAGAGUAUGGAGAGAUUUCAACAACGCGUCAGCGAGGGUAUAGCCACUACGCUUUCACCUGGAAAUACAACUACCACACACACCGAUCCCGUUUCAAGACUCGACAACGAGAUGAAGGACAUCUUGAACAAACCGUCGAAAGACGACGCAGAAAAAUGGAAACUCUAUCAGCAGGUACUUCAACGAUAUUUGUUUUUUGCAAACGACGCACGCAAACCCAUGAAAUUAGACGUUCUCGAGGAAAAGGAGAAGGAGGAAGAG